AUGAGAAUAAAUGAGUUACGGUUCUACAACGAAAGUGUCCCAGGAAUAACCCAAAUGGUAGAAUAUCAAGGGCUAGUCAGGGAGAGACAUGAAAUAUACAGUUAUAUAGAGAGAUAUAAGCAGUUGCCAGUACGUGCCCUAUUGCAGAACCAGGAGAUCACUGAAGAUACGAAGCAGCACUAUGCAGCAAAGAUAUCAGCAGCCACAGGGCAUGAGAGACUGAAGGAUUUCAUAAUUGGGGAGACAAGUAUUUUCCGUCUAAGAGUAGAUAGAUCCUUAGAUAAGGAUGUUCUCAGAUUAUUUCUGGGUGAGUACCUAGGGAGACUUCAAAGUCCAUUUAUAUUCAGAGUGAAUGAAGGCGUAUUGACAGUGGAAAUAGAUGGGUACAAUGAAAAUGGCAUAAAUAUAAAUACAAUUGGGGAGUUAGUCAGGAAAUCAGAUGCAGAUGAAGUAUUAGGAAUAUAUUUAAGAGGUAAUCUUCAGGUUCAAGUGGUCUCUCACUUCACAAAAUAUUUCAGUCUCCGGGAGAAGACAGAGAUGGAGAAGGGUCUAAUUACAGCAGGAAUUGAAGGAAUAAAGAGUAUUUUAGUAAGGGGCUUUGAAGAUACGUUAAGACAAAGUACACAAUUACUGUAUAUAUCUGGUGUACCAAAGGUAUAUGUAGUAGAGCAACCAAUUGUCACAGUAGAAGCAAUGAAGCUGCAAGAGAGAUCUAUUCCAAAAUGUAUUUCUGGUGUACUGGAUAGGUUGAAGACAAACAGGCACUUGAAAUACGGUGACAGAUCUAUUCUGAAUAAUUUCCUGAAGGCAGCUGGUGUUCCCUUGGAGGAUGCAAUUGCGUUGUACAGAAGCAAUUUCAGUUGCAGUGCAAGUGACUUUGAGAAGAAAUAUAAGUACAGCAUACAGCAUGCGUAUGGGACAGUUGGGGGAAGAAUUAAUUAUAAGGGAAUUCUGUGCAGUAAGAUUAUCUCAGACAGCAAGAAGGGCGGUUGUAAUUUGUGUCCAUUUUCUGUUGGGAUGAAUCCUCAGAGGGAAUGUACAAAGACACUUGAGGUGAUCACAGGGCAAUCUGAGGUGCAGAUUGCAUCACCCUCAGAGUAUUAUCUGAAGGCAGUCAAGAGCACCAGCAAAAAAGAGUAA